UAAAAGGUAAAAAACACAACUUUUUAUUCGAGUUAUUAUAAAUAAGAUUUAAAUGGCAACAAACGAAGAAACAUAUACUGACACUGAAAAUGAAUAUUCAUCCGAAAACGAGUCCAAAGAAAAAUUCUCGUAUUUUGCGGAGUCUUCGGACUGUGAAACAGAACAUGAAUGCGAUAAUUGGGACGAUGAUUGCAGAGUAGUGGUUACAAAAACAUCAUCUCUUUUAGGGUAUGACCAAUUAUCGCCAACUAACGGAAACACACACGGUCCUCCACCAAAGCGGCACAAAAUCAGCGCGGAAAUCAGAAGCAACUUGCUUCCCGAAGCUUUCGUAAACGAAAUCAAACUACAUUGGAACAAGAACGAAACAUUCAAAAACCAAGAUGUAGAACUUAUCGUAGAUCCCUUCAAAGUGCUGGUGAUAAACGAUUUCGUACACGACGCGGAUUUCCUCAAUCACAUUCGUGAAGAAUUUUACGAUCUCGACUGGAACGCGAGAAACAUGGAUUUGUACGAAUUCUUCCAAUCCAAGGACCUGAAGUAUUUAAAUUCGGAGUACAUCAGCGCAGUGUACGAAUUCCUAAAUUCCGAUGUCAGAAAUUGGGUAUCUAAUUUAAUGGGUUUCGACUUGACUCACAUAUCGACAACGUGCAGUUUGUACAGCAAUACAGAUUACCUCUUAGUGCACGAUGAUCAACGGGAAGACCGGAUGGUGGCUUUCGUUUUAUAUUUAACAGGGAAAAAUGGUUGGAAUUCAAGUAAAGGCGGAGCUCUUCAGUUAUUUAACAAAGACGAAAAGGGUCAGCCAAUGGAAGUUGCUAGGGAGAUAUUUCCUGCCAAUAAUCAGCUGGUUCUGUUUCCUGUUACUAAUGAUUCCUACCAUCAGGUAGCUGAAGUGACUACAAUAGACGACACCAGGCUCAGUAUAAACGGAUGGUUUCAUGUACGAAUCCCACCAACUUUUAUAACACCCCCUUAUUCUCCGCUUGAAAAUGGCCUGUACAGCAAGAACACAUUGAAAGCCAAAGAUGUGGACAUAGAUUUAGAUUCGUGGGUAUCAGAAGAUUACCUCGAUCGAAAGACCAUUAAAAUGAUUCAAAAGCAUAUAGAAGAGAACUCCGAGAUUUCUCUCAGGAAAUUCCUCAAAACCGAAUGCUUUGAUGAGAUAAAGAGAGCGUUAAACGAACAGGAUAUAAAAUGGAUAAGUAUCGGCCCACCAAACAGAUAUUGCUACGAUAAAGUGGAUUUAACGAAUUUGCCGCACAUCAUCGAAAGAUUUUUGAAUCUUUUCCAAUCGAAACAAAUGUUUUCUCUGCUGAAACAUUACACGGAUUUAGAUUUGACUGAGCACUCUGCAUCGAUGAGAUUCGAGCUGCAAAGGUGGAAAAUCGGAAGCUUUUCUCUUCUUAGCGAUUUCGACUGGAAUGAAAAAAACGAAUUAGACUUAAUUUUUCAUGUAGGCUGCUCAAACAGUGCUGAUAUAAUAGGAGCCAGAACGCAAUAUGUUACCAUUGAAGACGAAAUUCAAAACGCUCUGAUUACCUUGGAACCAGAGGAAAAUAAUUUGAAUAUUAUAUACAGAGACUCCGCCAGGUUUACUAAAUACUUUAGUAAACAGAGCAAGUGUAAACAGUUUUACACGUUAAUUUGUUCGUAUUCUGAAUAAGUGUGACGGUAGUGUGAGUAAACAAUGAAUGUUUGAAUAUUUUGAAUAUUAAAUAAGAACCAAAUACUGUACAUAAUAUAUGUUUAUUGAAG